UGAUAUUUUCCAGUCAGUCCGGCUGACUGCGGCCAGGCUGGAAGCCUGGCAGGGAGGCGCUUUCAAGUUGUUGUGCGUGGGGUCGGCCACGCUGUCCUGUGGCAGUACUUCCGCCUGCAAGUCAGAGCCUCGGGAAGAGAAGAGCGCUACAGGGCGGACGACAGAAGAAAGGCAAGGAACGAGAGUGCAGACUUUGACUGAAAUCUUAGACGGAGGGCACUGGAGGGCGAUCACUCGCUUCUGAUUGGCCCGUGGGUGUUAUCGUAGACCCACGCAGCUGCUUCGAUUGGUUGGUGCCCGCAAUUGUUUUGGCGGCAGUGAAGAUUUUGCCCACGUACUUCCGAAGGAGAGGCGGGGCUGUGCCCCGGCGCGCGUGCGCAGCGCCCCGGGGCCCCACCCGGUAGUUCAAGAACCUGCGAGGGGGCGGGGCGAAGAGGUGCUUGUUUUGGUUCUGUUUCCUUUGAAGCGGCAGGCCGGAACGAGCGAGCAUAGCAGUAAACCUGUUGGACUUGGAGAGAAGGCUACGACAAACUCGCUGCGGUGUCUUCAUCUAGGACUUCACAUCCGGGUUUUCCUGCCCCGUGAUCUGCGCGCCACCGACGAUUCUCGAACCGGUGCCUCAAUCUCUUUAUCCGGGUCCCGCUGAUCCCGUCGUGCUUCGCGCACCACAGUAGCCCCCUCAUCCGGGUCUUCUCCCAGCGUGCCACGCGCCGGGUUUGCUGGGGGGUACUUGGCGGUGCCGCCAUGACUAUUCUCCCCAAAAAGAAGCCGCCGCCUCCCGACGCCGACCCCGCCAACGAACCGCCGCCGCCCGGGCCGCUGCCCCCGGCGCCGCGUCGCGGCGGGGGUGUGGGCGUGGGCGGCGGCGGCACGGGUGUGGGCGGUGGCGACCGCGACCGUGACUCGGGCGUCGUGGGGCCCCGUUCCAGGGCCUCUCCACCGCCGCAGGGCCCGCUACCGGGGCCGCCGGGAGCGCUUCACCGCUGGGCGCUGGCCGUGCCGCCUGGCGCUGUGGCGGGUCCGCGACCACAGCAGGCCUCUCCUCCUCCUUGCGGGGGCCCUGUUGGUCCCGGCGGUGGUCCCGGUGACGCGCUGGGCUCACCAGCGGCGGGCGUGGGCGCGGCGGGCGUGGUGGUGGGCGUGGGCGGAACCGUAGGCGUGGGCGGUUGCUGCUCGGGGCCGGGCCACAGCAAGCGGCGGCGUCAAGCGCCCGGGGUCGGAGCGGUUGGCGGGGGCAGCCCGGAGCGUGAGGAGGUCGGCGCGGGUUACAACAGUGAGGACGAGUAUGAAGCUGCUGCAGCUCGCAUCGAGGCUAUGGACCCUGCAACCGUUGAGCAGCAGGAGCACUGGUUUGAAAAGGCCCUGAGGGACAAGAAGGGCUUCAUCAUCAAGCAGAUGAAGGAGGACGGCGCCUGUCUCUUCCGGGCUGUAGCUGACCAGGUAUAUGGAGACCAGGACAUGCAUGAGGUUGUGCGAAAGCAUUGCAUGGACUAUCUGAUGAAGAAUGCUGACUACUUCUCCAACUAUGUCACAGAGGACUUCACCACCUACAUCAACAGGAAGCGGAAAAACAAUUGCCAUGGCAACCACAUUGAGAUGCAGGCCAUGGCAGAGAUGUACAACCGGCCCGUGGAGGUGUACCAGUACAGCACAGAACCCAUUAACACAUUCCAUGGGAUCCAUCAAAAUGAGGAUGAACCCAUUCGCGUCAGCUACCAUCGGAAUAUCCACUACAAUUCAGUGGUGAAUCCCAACAAGGCUACCAUUGGUGUGGGGCUAGGCCUGCCAUCAUUCAAACCGGGGUUUGCAGAGCAGUCCCUGAUGAAGAAUGCCAUAAAAACAUCAGAGGAGUCAUGGAUUGAACAGCAGAUGCUGGAAGACAAGAAGCGGGCCACAGACUGGGAGGCCACAAAUGAGGCCAUUGAGGAACAAGUGGCUCGGGAAUCCUACCUGCAGUGGCUACGGGAUCAAGAGAAACAGGCCCGCCAGGUCCGCGGCCCCAGCCAGCCCCGGAAAGCCAGUGCUACGUGCAGUUCUGCCACAGCAGCAGCCUCCAGUGGCCUAGAGGAGUGGACCAAUAGGUCCCCACGGCAGCGGAGUUCAGCCUCUUCACCCGAGCACCCUGAGCUGCACACCGAGUUGGGCAUCAAGCCCCCUUCCCCAGGCACUGUCUUAGCUCUUGCCAAACCUCCUUCACCCUGUGCACCAGGUACAAGCAGCCAGUUCUCGGCAGGGGCUGACCGGGCUACUCCCCCUCUCGUGUCCCUCUACCCUGCUCUGGAGUGCCGGGCCCUCAUUCAGCAGAUGUCCCCCUCUGCGUUUGCAGGUCUGAAUGACUGGGAUGAUGAUGAGAUCCUAGCAUCGGUGCUGGCAGUGUCCCAACAGGAAUACCUAGACAGUAUGAAGAAAAACAAAGUGCACAGAGAUCCACCCCCAGACAAGAGUUGAUGGAGACCCAGAGACUGGAGACCAUCUCCCGACCCCCACCACUCCUGCCCUCCGGUGCCGACCCACCUUCUUUGGCUUUCUUCCCUCUUGCCUUCUUCCCUCUCUCCCUUCUUUUCCCUCUUCCCCACUUCCCUCUGGCUGACCCACCACUGCGCCCCCUCUCAUCGCUGCCACCACCACCAUCACCCGUCUCUUCGCCAGCUGACGUGCCCUGUUGCCCCCUGCACAGCACCAUCCCUGCAUUCCACAGGGGACUUGGGCAAGGGUGCCGAACAUAGGCGAGAGGCAUACAGAGACAAACCAACUGGCAGCCAGGCAGUCCCCGAGGAGAAACAUUCAGACAGAGGAAAGUCUCCCUGCCCCCCCUCACCCCCCUAUUCCUUCCAAGUUCAGAGAAACUUGUUACCCCCACCUCCACAAUGAUGCUGGGAAGGUGCGAGGAAGAAGUGGCAGUUCCCCUUCCCAGUACCCCAAGAAUGUCUGAGCCUUCAAUGUUGAAUUUUUUUCUUUAUUAAAAUGUACUUUUAUCUUAUAAAAUCAACCAAUCCAAAAUGAUGUAGACAACAGCAUUGGCUCUGUGAAGGUGGCAUCUCUGGUUUGGGAGCAGGCAGGCCAUGGGCCACAGAGGGGGCACAAAGAUGUGGUUGCUGUCUCUGGCCUCCAGCUCUGUGGAGGUGGGCAGGUUCUAGAGUGUGAGUCGGGGCAGGGUGGGGGGCAGGGGGGCAGGUGUCAAAAUGGGCUUUGGACACUGAGACUCUGACCUCGCUGCAUUCCUAUUGCUUCCACACCACCACCACUAUCACCACCAGUCUCUUUGGAAUCUUGGGCUGGGAGGCACCUUUGAGGAUCAUGGCAGCCACCGCCUGCCCAGGAUUUGAGUGUGGGGAGUGGGAGCAGCCUCAGCAGAUGAGGCACCUGUGCCCUGCAGGUAUUGACAAGAUCCACCAUAUGUAAUGUCCUUGGCACAAUAAAACCAAAUGUCAGUUUCCCCUGAGCGCCUCUGUUCUGUGUGGGGCACGGGGUGGGUGGGGCUCUGGGCAGAGGCGGUGAUGGCAAUAGGCCUUGGCUUGACCUCUGAGGGCUGCAUGCUCUCCAGUAGGGUAUUUCUGCAGGCCCAGAGUUCAUAUUUGAUUCACUGCUUACUAAACCAACUUCUGGGCCUGUUCCCACCAUGAAAGUUCCAUCUUUGCCUGCUGCCCCUGCCUCAGUACUGGCGCAUGUAGCCUGCCCACCUUGUGUCCUGGGGUGUGAUGGGAGCAGGGAGUCGACUAUGAGCUUGAGGGCUGGGACUGAACUUUCAAUUACUCUGCCUGCCUCCUUGCCUAUAUAUGUUUGCCCUUUCCUUGUGAUCUUUGAUGAGGAAAUGCUUUGCAAAGGCACAACAGAGGCUUCAUAUCAAUGUAAGCUUAGUGGAAUUGACUGGUGGGGCCUCCUGGGUUUAAGGAAUAUUAAACCCUUUCUUACUGAUGUCCCCCAGUCUUCUGACCCCUUUCCCUGCCUUUCCUUGGGGUAAAGUCAAGGCAGAGAAGGAUGGCUGGCCCCCACAUUUUGUCAAGAAUGAUUUUGUUUUUGUUUUUUUGCCAUGCCUCACUAAUGGGGCCCCUGUGGAAGGGUGCAUGUCCAGGUCUGCCAGUGAGGGCAUGGCUGGCCAGGUGGCCACCUGUGGGGUGUCUGUGGAAUCCACUGGUUAUGCAUGCAGAUGUUGGAGAGUUGGUUUGAAACCUACCUGGUUUUCUCUAGCUGUGUGGCCUUGGUCAAAUCACAGGCUCCCUGAGUUUCAAGGGUCCCACCACGUGUACAACAGGAGUGAUUAAUGUCUACUACCUCACACUCUCUCUGGUUGUGAGCAUGGAGAGGGAAUGCAUGUGGUCAACAUAAGGUAUGAUGGCACGGUGCCUGGCACAUUCUGAGAGCUCAGAUGUUAGAGUAUUUAUUCUAAUGUUGAACUUUCUGCACCAUUUGGCCCCUGCCUACCUCUUCUUGCUGCUCUGUCCAGUUUCAUUGGCCUCUGCCUGGAAUUUGCCCUUCCCCUGUCCUGAGCCCCCAACCUUGUCCUUCAAGAUGGGUAGAAAGUCACCUUAUGAGAAGCCCUGUGUGACUCCAUCCACAUUCUCACUUCUAUCCACAAAUGUGUCUUUACUCCUUCCCCAAUAACUGUGCAAGGGCUGUGAUGCCUGACUUAAUCUGUGUAUCUCUAAUAUCUGCACCCCUGCCAGGGCCUGGCAGGCUUACAGUAGACCCCUAAUAAAUAUUGGAUGAAUAA